GGCGCAUCUUUUGGUUAUUGAAUAGUAGGCAUAUCAAUCUAAUUAAUCUUCAUAAUUCCAUGUUUACGAAAUAUCUGGCAAAGAUCGCCGUAUCAACCGUUGCUUACUCAUUUUUAGAAAUUAUCAUUCCUCCCUUCGUAGUACUUAAAUCGUUCAUGCUGCUCACGAUGACUUUACAAUAUGUUACCACCACCCCGGUUCAAGCGUCUACAUCAGAAUGAUAGUGCAUGAUAUAAGACAAAUUCUUAUCGUUCCGUGAAGUCUCUCUAUAUAUUAACGAAUCCGUUUCAUUAUAACAAGUGUUGUGUCAGUAAGCGGAUACAGAGUAGUACGUCUUACGGUCAGUGACAAAGCUGAUUCUAUAUCAAAACAUUUCUUUCGAUAAUUGAAUCACGAUGGUGGACUAUUUCCAAAUAUUAUGCGGCGCCUUGGCGUUGCUGCUAGCAGUUUACUACUAUCUCACUUCGCCCUACAAGUAUUGGAAAAAACUUGGCAUUGCCGGACCACAGCCCUCUCUGAUAUUCGGAAAUCUUAAAUCGUCUAUGUUGGAACAAUCGUCUAUGAGUGAUACCGUAAAGAAAAUGUACGACGAAUACAAGAACGAGCCAGUGUUCGGAAUCUACGGAGGCAGAUCACCAAUAUUGGUUGUUAAUGAUCUCGAGCUGGUCAAAGAUGUCCUCAUUGGAGACUUCUCCAUGUUCGCAUCUCGUGGAUUACAACUCUUUCCUAAGGUGGAUCGUUUGCAAGAGCAUCUCUUCAAUUUGGAGCCUGAAAUAUGGCGUCCACUAAGAGCAAGACUUUCGCCAGUGUUUACGUCUGGUAAACUUAAAGACAUGUUCCCGCUGGUAGCAGAAUGUGGAGAACAUUUGGAAAAAUACUUGGACACAGUGACAAAAAAGGGAGGGCCUGUGGAAUGCCGAGAAAUAGCAGCGAAAUUUACAACUGAUGUGAUCGGUACCUGUGCCUUUGGAAUCGACAUGAACGCCAUCGCGGACGAGGAUAGUGAAUUUCGCAGGAUGGGCAGAGAAAUCUUCACUCCGUCCUUGAAACAGGCUAUUAGAAAUAUGACGAGGCUUUUUUUUCCGGCGAUAUACGCACGAGUGGGUUAUUUUGUGCAGCCAACAAAGAUCACUAAUUUUUUUACGAAGGUGGUUAUGGACACAAUGAAUUACAGAGAAGAAAAUAAUGUGGUCAGGCCCGACUUCAUCAAUAUGCUUCUGGAGCUGAAGAGGAAUCCGCGUCAGUUGGAAAACGUUGAGUUGACGGAUUCGUUGCUGACUUCGCAGGCAUUUGUCUUCUUCAUAGCAGGAUUUGAUACGUCAUCAUUAACAAUUGCACAUGCACUUUACGAACUAGCAUUACAGCCAGACAUACAGGACAAAUUACGUAAGGAAAUUCGAGAAAAUUUAGAAGAAAACGCAAGAGAAGGUAAAAGUUUAACAUACGAACAAGUCAAAGAAUUGAAGUAUCUGGAUGCAGUGUUUCGAGAAACGCUAAGGAAACAUCCGAUAUUGCCAAUACUAGUGAGACAGGUUAAUACGAACUACACUUUCAAAGGCACGAAAAUCACAAUUCCUAAAGGCACAAAGAUAUGGAUACCAGUAUAUGGAAUCCAUAACAAUCCUGAUAUUUACACAAAACCUGAGGUAUUUGAUCCUGAACGAUUCACCAAUGAUGGUAUUUCAACCAGGCAUCCUAUGAGCUUUUUGCCUUUUGGUGACGGACCUAGAAAUUGUAUAGGAGCUCGUUUUGCAUUUUACCAGAGCAAGGUUGGUCUUAUUUCCAUUCUCCGCAAUCACAAGGUCGAAGUCUGCGAGAAGACGACGAUUCCGUUCAAGUCUGACAACCGAUCGUUCUUGCUGUCACUUAAGGGAGGAGUCGUGUUAAAAAUGUCAAAAGCUGAAUAAUUUUUUAUUUCUAUUUAUAAUAACAAGGCAUAACAAGAACCAUGUUACAUCCAUCAUGGUUAUUAUACACGAGACGACGCUAAUUUGAGCUCAGUUUAUUAAUAUCUAUUACAAACGUUGAUUCAAAGUUACAAAUCAGAGGUAAGUUAAGCUUUGUGACGUCACAGAACUGCGGCAUCACUGAUGCGUUUAGAAUAGCGGACAGAACUACUGAUAAAGUGGACCGAACCACCCUCUCUGGACCACACACCUCAUUUCUUGGAAAUACGAUAAUUUUGGGACACCCUGAUCUGACGAAGCAUUGUUCGAAAUCCAUUAGUGUACAAAUAUAAUACUUUCCACGCUGACCGUAUUGCUUAAAAAUAAAUAAUAAUUGUUUAAAAAUAAA